CCGUCUCAAAUCCACCAGAAUCUUACAUCCAAAAAAAAAGAAAAAAAAAAAUGAAUGAAUGAUAAUAUUUUCUUCUGAUUGACAACAGAGAAAACCCAAGAAAACAGAGUGAUAUUCCAAAGCCCAACUCUGCUAUUCCUAAGAAGAUAAUACAUUCAAAUGUUGCAGUCCCAAAACAUCCUCACCUCUAGCUUUCCCUUCUCUUCCUCUAAUCCCCACAACCACUUUCUCUUACCCACUGUUUCGUCUUCUCUCAGUUUUCUCCACAGACCCAAUACUUUCUGCUCUUUUCCACUCCAACCUCGACACAGAACCCUGCCAUGGCUAGCCCAAGUCGCCGAACCAACCACCUCUACGGAGACUAAUGCGCAGGAAGAAGGUCCCAUCGAACUCUUUCAAUCUGAUUCUCCUAUUUUUGCCACCAAUGACGAACCUUCUUCUAUCCAAGUGGCCACCAGCGUUCUUCUCACCGGAGCCAUAUCUGUUUUUCUCUUUCGCUCUCUCCGCCGCCGUGCAAAGCGUGCCAAAGAAUUGAAAUUUAGGUCUUCGGGAGUAAAGAAGUCACUGAAAGAGGAGGCACUGGAUAGUUUAAAAGCAAUGGGGUCAGCGUCAAUUGAAGCUAAAAAACCACCUUCACCUGUUCAGGCAUUGCUGGGAGGAAUAUCUGCCGGUGUUAUUGCUCUUAUUCUUUAUAAGUUCACUAUUACUAUUGAGGCUGCUCUCAAUCGUCAAACAAUUUCAGAUAAUUUUUCUGUUCGUCAGAUUACAAUAACCAUAAGGACCAUUGUGAAUGGUUUGUGCUACCUUGCAACAUUUGUUUUUGGCAUAAACUCUGUUGGUUUAUUCCUUUACUCUGGUCAGCUCGCAAUUAAUUCCUUCAUGGAAGGAUCUUCAGAGAAAGAAACUGAGAUUAAGGGUAAAGAGCAGUUUGGCUCUCUGGAUUCAACAAGUGGGAGUCCUGAAGUUAGCAGUGACAGCAGCAAAGAGGAUCAAAAUUCAGAUGAGGCGCAAUAAUGGAAGUGAAAAACUAAUGUUGAAUCAGAGGAAUAGGUAAUUUUAUAAGUAGGAAAUUUAUCUUUUGGUUUUGAGCUGUGCCUAUUUUAUGUAUUUUUCAAAAUAAUAUUUUUAAAUUUAUUUAACUUAACUUUCACCUAGCAUGAGAAAAUUUUCUCAAUUUUUUCAUUGAGGAUAGUAUAUUUUCAUUAAAGUUGUCAAUUUAUUUAUUUAUUAUUUAAUAUUAGCCAUUGUUAUGUUA